UGCAGAGAGUUGGCAUUCAGGAAAGGUGACAUUUUAUACCUGAUAAGACAGAUUGACGCAAACUGGUUUGAAGGUGAGAGAAAUGGACGUAUUGGUAUAUUUCCUGUCAACUAUGUUGAAGUUCUAACAUCUAUAGAGGAAGCCUCUACAGCCGCGAGACAGUCAGAGGGGCAAGCCAGAGCUAAAUACACAUUCAACUCACAGACCUCUGUUGAGCUGCCCCUUAAUAAGGGUGAUAUAGUGACAUUAUUACGUAACGUAGAUGAUAAUUGGUUUGAGGGUCGCGUUGGGAACCGACAAGGUAUAUUUCCGGUGGCGUAUGUAGAAGUGUUGCAGGAGCCGUCCACUCCACUUAUUACACCAGCCCCCUCUGUUAUAACAACACCAAUGACAGGACGAGGUACACCUGAGAUGUUGUCACCUGUCAGUUAUGAUGGAGCACCUACCCCACCCCCACAGCCAUACCCCAGGGGCUUUCACAAUGCAGUCAGAUAAUCUUGGAAGUAGAUAUGCAACAAGUCCACGAGAUCAACAUUUUUCAACAGCAACAGGACGACAGU